AUGGUUCUUCCCACGCUCGUUCUCUCGGCGGCCCUUGCCACUUCUGCCGCCGCCUACGACACCCUUCUCAACUUUAAUGGUGCCCCUGAAGUUGAAACUCGGACAAUUGAUGAGAUCCACAAGGCCGCACUCGCCGAGGGUGGUGUUGUUACUCUCUGGCACGGAGGUGAUGAGAAAAACCAGCAGGAUGCUUUGAAGGAGGCCUUCGAGAAGCGUUUCCCCGGCAUGACUCUCAACCUCACUGUCGAUGUGUCCAAGUACAUUGACGGAAACAUUGAUCGCCAGCUGGCCCAGGGAAACGUUUAUGUCGACAGUGUUAUCCUGCAGACCGUCCAGGACUACCCCCGCUGGGAUCAGGAGGGAGCUCUGCUACGUUACAAGCCGCUCAACUUCGACAAGAUCCACCCCGGCUUCCGCGAUGUGUUCUCCGCCUGGUAUGCCGUUGUUGUUUUCGGUUGGACCAACAUCUGGAACGCAGACAAAGUUUCCGAGGGUCCUGUCGAUUACAUCGACUUCCUGAAGCCUGAGUAUAAGGACAAGUUGGUGUUUACAUAUCCUAAUGACGAUGACGCAGUUCUCUACGCGUUUGACCUGGCGUAA